GGAAGACCGUGGUCGCCACCUGGAGCUUCGGCCGACGACUGCGCUGCCGUUCCUCCUCCGCCCGACGGCCUCGAGCUCCGCCUCCGACGACUGUCCUGAGUUUUUAGGAGCUUGCCCCGCUGGAUUCCAUAAACCAACUUCUGUAUAAGCUUAAGGCCAAAAUAAGUGGCCCUAGUACCUCCACAGAGGAUACUCUGCAGCAAACCGACGACGCCGCGUCAUCUUCGGCUCUACCAUACAGGAUCACCUGCUGCCCGUAACUGGAUUCCUUCUUCUCACCGCGUAGUGUGUGGCGCCAAGGAGGUGUCAGCGGGAUGAAGGCCGGGAGGAAGAACCUGCAGAGAGCGUGCCAGGAUGGCUCUGCCAUCACGGUCGCGGAGGGCGACAGCAUCAUGCAGGUUGUCACACUGCGUGGCUCCAACCUCAUCGAGGUCAUGGAUGGCAAGGGCGUCAAAUCUCUGGCCUUGUUCCCGGCUAAGUUCCAGAAGAGCUUUUGGAUCAAGAACGGGAGUUUUGUGGUUGUGGAUGCUAGUGGGAGGGAGGAGGCUCUUGAAUCAGGGAGCAAGAUAGGGUGUGUCGUGUCGCAAGUCCUCUUUCAUGAUCAAGUUCGCGCACUUGAGAAAUCCGGCGAAUGGCCAGCUAUCUUCAAGUCAACUCCCAAUGGCUGGGCGACAGGGACAGCAUCUCAGGUUGAGGAAGAGCCAGGUUCCGACGAAGAUGAUGAUCUGCCACCACUUGAGGCGAACAUGAACAGAUAUAGUCCGUUUGAUGUGCUUUCUGGUUCAGAAAGUGGUUCCGGUUCUUAACCGGUAGGCAUAGGACUAUGCCAGGCUUCCAACCCUCUCUGUUCUUCAGCUUGAUGUACUUUCUGGUUCAGAAUGUGGUUUCAGUUCCUAGACCGGUAGGCAUAGGAUGGUGUGAUUACUCGGACAGCUCAGUUGUAUAGCUGAUGUAUCGAUACUGAAGUUGGGGCACAACAUGAAUAAUAUCGCUUGCAUUCU